ACUAAACUGGAUAAAUUUUAUCAGUAAGAAUGUUAGUUCAGUGAGUGUCCCCAAAUGUUUAAGGACAAAUGGUUUCUAACCAUCGUUGUAAAUCUUAAGGAGGAUAUUUCAGAACCUUACUCAACAAAAGUAUUUUUUAUAAUUAAAAUUAAUGAUGAAUUAUAAAAGAAAAGUGCAGAAGACAUUAAGGGUGUUACCGGUUUUCAAAAAAAUGAUGACUAUUAUAUUACACCUUUUCAACUUUUAAGUCUGGAAUUUUCAUAUCUGACUUUUAAGCAUGGUUUUACAGACUUUUGGAACCUUUUACGAACGACAAAAAGUUUCAGUUCUUGUACAAAUAACUUUGAAUGCAUUUAUUAAAGCACCCAAUUAUCAACAAAUUGCUGCUUUGGCUUUCCGCUCCUUCCUUUUCUUUUCAUUCUGCUCUCUUUAAACACUCGGCUCAAAUUUAAAGAGGCUGAUCAUCGAUAUUUAUAAUUUCGGUGUUUGUUUAAACACUGUUUCAGUAUGCUGAUAAAGGAAUACAGGGUAGUUCUUCCUAUUACAGUUGAAGAGUACCAAGUAGGACAAUUAUACUCUGUAGCUGAAGUUAGCAAAAAUGAAACAGGAGGUGGAGAAGGGGUUGAAGUUAGAAAAAAUGAACCUUUUGAAAACUUUCCUUUACUGGGAGGCAAAUACUCUAGUGGUCAAUACACUUACAAAGUGUAUCAUCUAGCAAGUCGUGUUCCUGGUUAUAUUCGAUUAUUAGCUCCAAGGGGAGCUUUAGAAGUUCACGAAGAAGCUUGGAAUGCUUAUCCUUACUGUCGCACUGUUAUAACAAAUCCAGGUUAUAUGAAGGAUGCUUUCUUUAUAAGUAUUGAAACGAUGCAUUGUCCGGAUAGGGGAGAUCAAGAAAAUGCACAUGAAUUACCGCCAGAAAAACUAAAAAUUAGAGAGGUUCAAUUUAUUGACAUAGGAAAUGACCAAGUUCCCUCUAAGGACUAUAAGGAAUCUGAAGAUCCUAGUAAAUUCAAAAGCCAAAAGACAGGAAGAGGUCCACUUACUGGUAACUGGAAAGAAAGUGUAAAUCCUGUUAUGACAGCUUAUAAGUUAGUAACUGUAGAAUUUAAAUGGCUUGGACUUCAAACAAGAGUAGAGCAGUUUAUUCAAAGGACUGAACAGAGGCUGUUCUUAAAGUUCCAUAGAGAAGUAUUUUGUUGGAUAGAUCAAUGGUAUGGCUUAACAAUGGCUGAUAUUCGAAGGAUGGAAGAUGAGACAAAAAGAGAGCUACAAGCUCAAAUAGCACAAGGAGAAAUCAGAGGAACACUUGCUGAUGAAUAAAUAAAUUAGUACAUUCAAAAUCAAUGUUUUAUAAAGUCUUUUGUAUCAUGAAUUUAUAGCAAAUUUUUCAAUAAAUAAUUUUAUUCUCA